AUGGCCUCACUUACAAUCCCCAGUCGAAUGAAGGCACUCGUCGCACCCAAAUAUUGCAAGCCCAAAGGCUACAUCAUCAGCGAUGUGCCGACACCAAAGAUUACCAAGCCAGAUGAGGUUUUGAUCCGUGUUCACGCCGCGGGAACAACGGUAGGCGAGACACUAUUGGCCAACGGGGACUUCUCCAUCAUAACGAACAUGAGCUUCCCGAUGACAAUGGGCCUGGAAGGCUCCGGCGUCGUCGUCGCGGUCGGCAGAGAUGUCAAAAGUUUCAAGACCGGAGAUGAGGUCAUGGGUGGAAGCUGGACACGGCCAAUGAUUCCGAUGCAGUUCGAGAAAUGGAUGGCAGAGUACACGGUAACGGCCGAGAGGCUGCUGCUGCCCAAGCCGCCCCAUCUGUCCUUUGAAGAAUGCGCCGGCAUACUCGGCAGUGCCGUCACAGCCUACCAGUCCUUCCGGCGCGCGUUCGAGCUCAUGGGAGAAACGUCAUUCGAGGGCAAAACAGUCUUUGUGCCUGCCGCGCUCUCCGCAACGGGGUCGAUUGCGGUGCAGAUGGCAAAGAACGUCUACGGGGCGACCAGGGUCAUCAGCACCGUGUCGACGCCCAAGGUGUCUCUGGUUGAGAAGCACCUCCCGGGCGCGGUGGACCAGGUGCUCGAUUACCAAAAGCAGUCCAUCAUCAAGGAGGUGGGGCGAGGGCAGGUGGACUUUGUAUACAACACGCAAUGGCACAACUCGCAAGCAUUUCAGAUGCUAAAGCGGCAGACUGGGGUCAUGGUCUCCAUCGCUGCCGGACCUACGGUUGAGCAACUGCGGCUUGUGCUUGGGGAGAAGACGGUGCCGUUCUGGGUUGUUUGGCUGCUUAACAUGCUUCAGUGGUGGUACGACUGGAAGCUCAGAGGAACCAACAUCAAGAGGGACUAUGUCUCUGGGCAUCCGGGAGAUCGCCGUGACCUGGAGGCGUGUGGCGAGCUGAUAGCCGCGGGAAAGAUCAAAGCUGUCUCGAGUAUUGUGGGGUUUGAUGAUCUGGACGGUAUCAAGGAUGGGCUCACAAAGGUCUUUGAGGGCAAGGGGGGCUUCGGGUCAUUUGUUGUGAAAAUUAGGUAG